GCGGGCCCAUCGCGCGGCGGCCCCUCUGUCUCGGCGGCGGCGGCGGCGGAGCGAGCGCAGCGCGGCGCCACCAUGGGGGCCCAGUUGAGCACGUUGGGCCACGUGGUCCUCUCCCCAGUCUGGUUCCUCUACAACCUGCUCAUGAAGAUGUUCCAGCGCUCCACCCCGGCCAUCACCCUCGAGAGCCCGGACAUCAAGUACCCGCUGCGGCUCAUUGACAAGGAGGUCAUCAGCCAUGACACGCGGCGGUUCCGCUUUGCCCUGCCGUCACCCCAGCAUGUCCUGGGCCUCCCUGUUGGCCAGCACAUCUACCUCUCGGCUCGAAUCGACGGAAACCUGGUCAUCCGGCCCUACACGCCCGUCUCCAGUGACGACGACAAGGGCUUCGUGGACCUGGUCAUCAAGGUUUACUUCAAAGACACCCAUCCCAAGUUUCCCGCAGGAGGGAAGAUGUCCCAGUACCUGGAAAGCAUGAAGAUUGGAGACACCAUUGAGUUCCGGGGCCCGAACGGGCUGCUGGUCUAUCAGGGCAAAGGAAAGUUUGCCAUCCGUCCAGACAAGAAAUCCAACCCAGCCACCAAGACGGUGAAGUGUGUGGGCAUGAUCGCAGGAGGAACAGGCAUCACUCCGAUGCUGCAGGUGAUUCGCGCCAUCAUGAAGGACCCAGACGACCACACCGUGUGCCACCUGCUCUUUGCCAACCAGACCGAGAAGGACAUCCUGCUGCGGCCUGAGCUGGAGGAGCUGAGGAAUGAGCAUUCUGCGCGCUUCAAGCUCUGGUACACGGUGGACAAAGCCCCUGAAGCAUGGGACUACAGCGAGGGCUUUGUGAACGAGGAGAUGAUCCGGGACCACCUGCCGCCCCCGGAGGAAGAGCCGCUGAUACUGAUGUGCGGACCCCCGCCCAUGAUCCAGUACGCCUGCCUGCCCAACCUGGACCGCGUGGGCCACCCCAAAGAACGCUGCUUCUCCUUCUGAGGGCCAGCGCUGGCUGCCCGCCCGCCCAACCCCACCGCCUGCUGCGCGUCCUCAUGUGCCCCGCCCCCGUCCGCCCCUUCCCGCCACCUGUGAUGUCACCUCCCCCUCAUCUCACACUGUGGCCUCAGGCUCAGCCUGGCCCUCCCAUGCCCGGGUGGCCCUCUGCUGGGCUGGCCCCCAAGGGGCCCCUUUGGGAACAGGGCUCUGUUACAGUGGGCCACCACAGCCACCUUCGGGGCAGGUCCCUGCCCGACCCUCACUGGUUCUUACCAGUGAUGCCCGGCCCGGGUCCUGCUCCUCCCUCAUCCCCACACCCCCCACACUACUGGGCCAAGGCCACCAGCACGGUGUUCCAUCCGCCCCUCCCAGAGCAGGCCACUGUCUGGGAAUAAACAAACAUACGGGCAGUCCAGAGUUGCAGGUGCCAAGGGAUCCCUGCCAUCACCUUGGGACCCUCGCCUCGCCUGCCGCCCCUCACUGCCUGCCUCAGGGCCAGGCCAGGCCUUAGCACCUGACACUACAUACAGGUAGCACCCAAAAGUCCUCUUGGCAGGGACUACUGCGCGUGAGAGGCUGCCCCCACCUUAGGGCCCAGGGAGGAGGGGGCUGGCCAAGGGCCCCUCUGACUGGCACAUGGGCCCUCCCGAAGCCUCCACGGUCUCCCCAGCACACCCAAACACCCGGCAGCUUUGGGCGUUCCAAGCUGUCAGCUCGGUGGUUGGUUCAACCGCUUUAGCGUCCUGGGCCACCAACCCUGAUGGCAGAGCUAAGGCAGAAUUAAUGUUUAUUUAUUCUUCUGUCCCAAACCCACCCGUCCUGCUGCCUGCACCCCAGCAUGGGGGAGAUUUUGAGCAGAACCUCUUGUCUGAGCCACAUUCUCAGUGGCCUCAACCGUUGCCUUUAGACAACAGUGGGUUAGCCUCUGCAUAUCGGCUUUUUCAGUCAUUUAUGAGCAGAAAAAAACGUUGAAAUAAAACUUUGCUAGUAUUAA